UUCAUAAACAAGCUAGCUAACACAAUUGAAGUUGAUAACAUCAUGGAUCUCCAACUACCCUCUUUCCCAGUCCUCUUGUCCCUUCUUUUUUCUCUGCUUAUUAUGGCAGUGACCAUACUCAUGAAAAGAGCUCGAAACUCAAAACUACCCCCAGGGCCAUGGAGACUUCCCUUAGUAGGAAAUCUCCACCAGCUUUUAUUAGGGUCUUCAUCAUCAUCUUACGAGGUCCUCAGUGACUUAGCCAAAAAACAUGGACCCUUCAUGUACCUCGAAAUCGGACAAGUUCCAACCGUAAUAGUGUCAUCACCAGAGUACGCUAAAGAGAUCAUGAGAACCCACGACGUCGUUUUUGCGUCUAGGCCACGGACUCUUGCCGCUCAAAUCAUUGGAUACGAUUGUACGGACAUCGCAUUUGCUCCCUAUGGUGAUUACUGGAGACAGCUCAGAAAGAUUUGUAUGCAAGCUCUUUUUAGUCCCAAAAGAGUUCAAUCUUUGGAACCCAUUAGAGAGAAAGAGGUGUUUAAUACGUUACAACAUAUCAUUGCUAAUUCCAAACUCAAUUUUACUCAAAUGGUCACAAAUUUGUCUUAUAGCAUCAUAUCUCGAGCAGCGUUUGGGGAAAAAAGCAGUGAUCAUGAUGAGUUCAUAUCGAUUGUGGAAGAAGAUAUAAAGGUAGCUGGAGGGUUUGAAUUUGGGGAGUUGUUUCCUUCUUUGAGAUUUCUUGAUUGGACCAGUAGGCCUAAAUAUGAAAGCCUCAAACAGAGGUCUUCUAGGAUAUUGGAAAAGAUCAUCAAACAACAUAUGAUUAAUCAGAAUAAUGAGAAAAGUGAAGAAGAGCAAGACUUGGUUGAUGUUCUUCUCAAGUAUCAUAACAAAGGAAAUCUUGGGUUAACCCUCGACAAUAUCAAAGGAGUAAUCUGGGACAUCUUUGAAGCUGGAAGUGAAACAUCAGCUGUAACAGAGGAUUGGGCUAUGGUAGAAUUAAUGAGAAAUCCAAUAAUGAUGAAAAAGGCUCAAGAUGAAGUUAGGGAAGUUUUUGGAAGAAAAGGGUUAUUUGAAACAUCAAUUCAUGAGAUGAAAUACUUAAAAUUAAUUAUUAAAGAAACUCUAAGGUUGCAUCCUCCUGCUCCCUUUUUACUUCCAAGGGAAAGUAGUGAAAAAUGUGAAAUUAAUGGCUAUGAGAUACCUAAUGGAACAAGAGUAUUGGUAAAUGUUUGGGGAAUUGGAAGAGAUGCUAAGUAUUGGAAUGAACCUGAAAGUUUUAUACCAGAACGGUUUGAUGAUAGCUCUAUUGACUUCAAAGGUAAUAAUUUUGAGUAUAUUCCAUUUGGUGCUGGAAGGAGAAUAUGUCCUGGCAUAACAUUUGGUGUUGUUAGUCUUGAGUAUUCUCUUGCUUUAAUGUUAUACCACUUUGAUUGGAAACUUCCUAAUGGAAUGAAACCUCAAGAUUUAGACAUGAGUGAGUUAUUUGGCAUUGCAGUGAGGAGAAAGGAUGACUUGUACUUGAUUCCUACCAUUUAUGAUCAGUCACCUCUUGCAAACUGAAUUACAAAACGGUAUAAUAUGAAAGACUUUAUUAUGAGAAAAUAAUAAUUUACUUAUGUUGGCUUGGCUUGAUUACCUUUUAACUUUCACUUGAAGGUUAAUUUGAAUAAAGAGAAAGUGAAAAAUAAAAGAAA